AUGAGGGAUGAAUCAAGUGGCCCGAUCAUUGCAGAUGGUACGCAUGAAAAGGAAAGUCAGGAGACUCGGCCUAAAGCGCCAAUAGAUCCUGUCGCGUCGAAGCUCAUCAACCCUCUGUCCACGGGCCAGUCGGAGUACACAUCAGCGCCGAAUGGAAGGCUAUUCUACCUGGGCACGUCAUCUAACUGGUCAUUCACCCGACGCGUCCUCAACAUCACACACCAAUACGUCCACAAGACUCCGUUGCCAACCAACGCUCUGCUCUUCGAUGGCACGACGUACGCCCUCGAUUGGGAUGGCUACAGAGCCGGCGAAGUCCCAGAUAUACCAGCCCUUCCAACGCAGGACUAUGCCAUCUACUUGGUCAACGCCGUCAAGUUCCACUGCGGCCAAAUGUUCCACCUCUUUGACGAAGAAACGUUUAUGAAGUCCUUGUACAGCUUUUAUUCUGACCCUAAUCCUAGACCCGAUCCUACCGAUCCGUGGUUUAUUCAUUUCUUGCUCAUACUUUCUUUCGGAAAAGCGUUCACGACAAAGACCAACAGGGGGAAUAGGCCCCCUGGCCAUGACUUCUUUGUCAAGGCUAUGCAGCUGCUCCCAGACUUCAGUGUUUUGCUGAAAACCCAUGUUCUGUCAACUGAGAUCAUGUGUUGCAUUGCUCUAUAUACGCAAUGCAUUGACUUUAGACACUGUUCAUAUAACUAUAUCGGACAAGCACUCCGCAUUGCUCUUGGAGAGGGAAUGCAUACAGACAUGCCUGUGCAGCAACUAGGAGAGGCAUAUGUUGAAAGAUGUCGAAGGCUAUGGUGGACAGUACACAUCCUUGACCGCGAGAUAACGUCGUUGUUUGGCAUGCCGCCUUCGAUACAUGACGAUUAUGUACUCUGUCAACUGCCGACCUACUCCGGCUCAGUUCAGAGGACAGCCGCGUUGCGAAUGCGUAUCAAGCUGUCGAAGGUCAUUGGGAGCAUCAAUAGGAAGGUCUACGGCCUCGACGGAAGACUCAACAACAAGUUCAUGCUGGGCACCAAAGAAGUGCUUGCUAGCGUGGCAGAAAUUGCUGAUGAGCUGCAACAAUCGUUCGCGCUUCCUCUGGAGAGAGACACCAGCUGCAUUUCGAGGACAUCCGCCCAUUUGCAUUUACUGCACCAUCAGUGCAUUGUUCUCGCAACUAGACCGCUGCUUUUCUGUUUUCUGAAAAUUCGAUUCGAAUCUCAGAGUAAAUGCACAGAGCUUUUAGGGUCUUCGCAGACGGUCAGAAAUUUGAUUCAGAUGUGCAUUGAUUCUUCUCAACAAAUGGUUUCGAUACUAGACUGUUUACAAUCUCAAGGGUUGCUGGAAACCUUUCUUCCAUUCGACCUGGAAGCCAGCUUCGUGUCUGCCAGCAGUCUACUACUUGGACCCGCAAUUGAUCCGCAAUGUUUCGAGUGUCUCGAUCCAUCCCUCGAGAAAGUCUACACCGUUUUGGACGAGAUGAUUAUGGCUGGGAACGGGAUCGCCAAGUACCGCAAAUUUGAACUCCAGCAGCUGGAGAACAUGCUACAACGGCUUACGCCUUGGCCCUCACAGGCUUCCGAGCAAACGACGCUUGUAGACGAGGCGCGGCAAACGCAGCCUCCGGAUGACACGAGUCCACAAGACACGGUGGUCUCGUCCAUGGCGACGGACCACUCACAGCACGAGAGCUACUCUUCUUCUAUCCCAGGGAACAUGGAUGAGAUGGCUUAUGAUAGCGGGCUGACUAUGGCGCAAUUAUUGGACAUGGCCAACUCUAUUGAGCAGGAAGAUUCGGAGUGGAUGUCUCAAACGAUAGUGGAACAUAGCAUUUGGUAG